CCAAAACCUAUUACCAUUUUCUCUCCAUUUCUGUACCAACACUUCCAAUUCAUCAUCAUUUGCAGUUUCAUACCUCAUUAACAAUUUUGGAUUCUCCCCACUAUUUGCAAACAAACUCUGCUCCACUUACAGUGUUAAGUUUAAGACUGCUCAAAACCCUGAUUCUGUUCUCGCAUUCUUUACAAACCUUGGUUUCUCAAAAACCCAAUUACACAACACGAUUACAAAGGCACCAUGGCUUCUUUCCUGCAACCCCAUCAAAAGGGUUUUGCCAAAGUUUCAAUUUUUUCUCUCCAAAGGUGCUUCUAACUCUGACAUUGUUAACCUUGUCAGUAUGAACCCUAUGGUGCUCUGUUCAAGUCUGGAGAAUCAAAUAGUCCCAACUUAUGAAUUAGCUUAUAGAUUCUUGCAAUCUCACAAGGACACUUUUGCUUGUGCAAAUAAAAAUCCAACUUUCUUUGGAGACAGGCGUGUGCAAUCUAACAUCAGAUUAUUGACUGAGAAUGGAGUGGCAGACUCAAACAUUGCUAGAUUGCUUAAGAACCGGUGUCGGGUAUUCUUCACACGUGACACGCUGAAGUUGGUGGAGGAAUUGAAGGAUUUGGGUUUUAAUCCUUCAAAAACAACUUUUGGUAUCGCAUUGCAUGCCAAAACAACUAUAAGCAAAACCCUGUGGAAAGAGAAAGUCGACGCCUUUAAGAAAUGGGGAUGGUCUGAUGAAGAUGUUCUGGCAGCAUUUAGAACGCAGCCUCAUUGUAUGUUAGUAUCCAUUAAUAAAAUUAAUUUAGUGAUGAGCUUUUGGGUCAAUCAGUUGGGUUGGGAUGCUAUGGCCAUUGUCAAAACAGCGUCAGUUCUUUCGUUAAAUUUGGAAAAAAGGAUCAUUCCGAGGUCCGCAGUUGUACAAUAUCUUCUCGAUAAAGGUUUGAGAAAGAAGAAUGCAAGCUUAACUUGGCCAUUUUUAGUGCCUGAGAAGGUGUUUCUUGAUAUGUGUAUAAAACGUUUUGAGGAGUCUUCUUAUCUAUUAAAGUUGUAUGAGGAAAAACUCAAUCAUGCAUGCAUCACGGACAAAACUUGCAUGUCAUGAUCAAAUAUUCAGGUACUAUGCUUGUAACUUAUCAUUGUUACCAAUUGCUUUUGCUACAUUGUUAUCAGUUGUCAACUGUCGCUCACUUUUUCUUUAUAAUCAUGCAAUUGCACAAAUUAGUGUCAAUGCCCUUUAAUUGAAAAAGGUAUUUGAUAAUGCUAAACAAGUUGUUGUCUGGCCAAAAGGAGUAUCAAAUGCCUGUGAUUCUAUUUUGAUGAACAUUCUUGAUUCUGAAAUCUGCUGAUUGAUUCUUUCAUCAACCACUCUUGCAAUGGAAUGUUUGAGUUAUGUCUGCCCAUCAGCAAACUUAGAAAGAAGUUUUCACAGUAGCUUGUAGUUGUAGCUUAGCUCCGGCCGUGUGUUUGAAGGCUAAUAUACAUCAGUUUUGUAUAAUCUGAAAGUGUUGUAGCUAAGCUAGUAGAAAAGCAGUCACAAAUCCAAUAUAAAUACUUUUUAAGUGAUUCUUUUUUUUCUUCUAUGUAGACAAGUAUCAUUUGUGAAUUUUCUUUGCAAAACCAACUAGUGAAACAAUAUGGUGAUGCCAAAUUUUGGAUAUUCUGAAA